AUGCUGCCGGCGCGCCUCCGCCCGGGGCGGCUGCUGUCCGCCGCGCCGCUCCGCCCGCCCGCGCCGCGGGGAGCGGCGACCACCGGGGAUCCCGCCCGGAGCCCGGGCACCACCCGCGCUGAGCAGGCUCACAGGGUGGUUGCAAGUUGCAAACCUUCGAAGUUUGACAAGAAAAUCCUCCUCUGGACUGGACGUUUCAAGACAGAAGAAGAGAUUCCUCUGAGGAUCCCGCCAGAGAUGCUAGACAAGGCAAGAAACAAAGCUCGAGUGAAAGCCUGUUACAUCAUGAUUGGGCUAUCAAUUAUUGCCUGCUUUGCGGUGAUUGCCUCAGCUAAGAAGGCAGCGGCACGUCAUGAGUCCUUAACGAGCCUGAACCUGGCAAAGAAGGCCAAGUGGCGGGAGGAGGCUGCGCUGGCCGCGGAGGCGAAGACCAAGUAA